AUGUUAUGGACCAAAAGACUCAAACUGGUACCUACCAUAAUACAGCUUUACAUAGAGGAACAGGGCAGUGGACUGGUUCCCUACCGUGACACUGGCGAACAGGGCAGUGGACUGGCUCCCUACCGUGACACUGGCGAACAGGGCAGUGGACUGGCUCCCUACCGUGACACUGGCGAACAGGGCAGUGGACUGGCUCCCUACCGUGACACUGGCGAACAGGGCAGUGGACUGGCUCCCUACCGUGACACUGGCGAACAGGGCAGUGGACUGGCUCCCUACCGUGACACUGGCGAACAGGGCAGUGGACUGGCUCCCUACCGUGACACUGGCGAACAGGGCAGUGGACUGGCUCCCUACCGUGACACUGGCGAACAGGGCAGUGGACUGGCUCCCUACCGUGACACUGGCGAACAGGGCAGUGGACUGGCUCCCUACCGUGACACUGGCGAACAGGGCAGUGGACUGGAUCCCUACCGUGACACUGGCGAACAGGGCAGUGGACUGGAUCCCUACCGUGACAUAGAGGAACAGGGCAGUGGACUGGAUCCCUACCGUGACAUAGAGGAACAGGGCAGUGGACUGGUUCCCUACCGUGACACUGGCGAACAGGGCAGUGGACUGGUUCCCUACCGUGACACUGGCGAACAGGGCAGUGGACUGGUUCCCUACCGUGACACUGGCGAACAGGGCAGUGGACUGGUUCCCUACCGUGACACUGGCGAACAGGGCAGUGGACUGGAUCCCUACCGUGACACUGGCGAACAGGGCAGUGGACUGGAUCCCUACCGUGACACUGGCGAACAGGGCAGUGGACUGGAUCCCUACCGUGACACUGGCGAACAGGGCAGUGGACUGGCUCCCUACCGUGACACUGGCGAACAGGGCAGUGGACUGGCUCCCUACCGUGACACUGGCGAACAGGGCAGUGGACUGGCUCCCUACCGUGACACUGGCCAACAGGGCAGUGGACUGGCUCCCUACCGUGACACUGGCGAACAGGGCAGUGGACUGGAUCCCUACCGUGACACUGGCGAACAGGGCAGUGGACUGGAUCCCUACCGUGACACUGGCGAACGGAGCAGUGGUUCUUUUAUUAAUUAA